AUGCGCGAUCGGCUCGCCAGCCUUGAGAGGGCUAAUGAGGCAGCAACAAAGCGUAGGCAGCGUAAGAAAAAGCGGAUACAGAAGCGAGGAGUACUUACAAAGGGAGCUGGAGAGGAUCUACUCGCUCAGCGCGAGGCUGAUCAGCAGAUUGCUCAUGAAGAGCGUCAGAGAGGAGAGCGAUUAGGUGACUUUCCAGGCAACGUACCAGGUUUUGAGCCAUUCGCAUUUAUUGACCGUCCAGACGAGAUGGUGCAGAAUAUGAUCAAGAAGCAUCUCACAAAGCUUCUGAACACUGUUACAGAACCGUUGGCCGAAGAAGCUACCUUCGCUGUAGACCAUGUUCUAGGCUCGUCUUCUGACUGGAAAACUAUGAGUCUAGCAAAAAUGACUUCGAGCAUUGUUGCACGAAUGUCGUCACGCGUUUUCCUUGGCGAGGAGAUUUGUCGCAACGAAGACUGGCUUGCAAUAACCACACAAUAUACUGACAAUGCUUUCAUGGCGGCCAUGGAAAUGCAGAUCAUACCGGUUUUCAUCAAGCCAUUGUUGUCAUACUUUUUUCCAAAGUCCAAGCUGGUUUGUAACCAAAUGCGGCGCGCUCGAGAGAUAAUUGCACCUGUCCUCGCCAAACGCAGGGCAAUCAAGGAACAGGCCAGGAUCAAUAACGAGCCCAUGCCACACUUCAAUGAUGCUUUGGAAUGGGCAGAGGCUGAGUUCCGUGGACAGCCUUAUGAUCCAGCGUCAGUGCAGCUAAUACUCUCUUUUGCGGCGAUCCAUACCACAACAGAUUUGGCAUGCGAAGUAAUGCUGCGUUUGGCGAAUGAACCAUCGCAGAUCACCGCCUUACGGGAAGAAAUGAUAGACGUGCUGAGCAAAGAAGGGUGGAAAAAGACUGCUCUGUACAACCUCAAGCUUCUUGACAGUGCUGUAAAGGAAGCGCAGAGAUUGAGGCCAUCUGAAACACUCCAACUACGACGCAUUGUCAUGGAAGACGUCGCCCUGGAGGGUCAUUUGAAGAUCCGUAAAGGUGAAAGAGUUCAAGUAGACAUGACGCCUAUGUGGGACCCAUCAGUUCAUUCUAACCCGGAAACUUAUGACAUGUACCGAUUUCUGCGCAUGCGCGAGCAUCCCGAGAGCGCUCACAAAGCUCAACUGGUUAGUACGAGCCCCGACUUCCUGCCUUUUGGGCAUGGUAAGUACUCGUGUCCUGGUCGCUUCUUCGCCUCCAAUGAGAUAAAACUUGCGCUUUGUCAUCUCCUGUUAAAGUAUGACUGGAAAUUGGCCCCUGGAACAUCAACUCAACCAUUCGUCUCUGGCCAGUUCAUGACGGUCGAUCCAAAGGCUCAAUUGCAGUAUCGCAGACGAAGAGAGGAGAUCAACUUGGAGGCUCUGACGUCUCUUUAG